CACCUGUUGGAUAGUGUCAAUAUUUCAAGCAAAGUGACAAAAUUGUCUUUCUACUUGUACUCAGCGUGCUAUCAUCCAUCCAGUCAAAAUGAAUAUUUUAAGAAACUCAGUCAAUAAGACGUUCCAGAUUGCCUACGGACGACAGCUUGCGUCUAAAUCUACACCGUCUGCAGCUCAUAAAAAAGAAAAGUGGGAUAUAUUUGCCGGUGUUCUGGUAGAACGUCUUCCUAUCGUUACGAAAACCAUGACUCCGCUGGAAGCUAAAUUUAAGACAAUGCUCGAUCAGAUCGAGUUUGAAAACAGUCUCAAAUCAAACCACGAGAUGCGCAAAGAAAUGGAAAAACACCAAACAAAGCUGCUCAAGGCAGGUAAAAUUGAUCUGGAUUCGGAAGCGCUUAAGCAAACGGCUCAAGAUUUAGAAGAUAUUUACAAUGAAGAGUUUAAUAAAUUUAAACCAGCCCUGCGUGUCACCGAAGCGGAUAAGAAAAACGAUCUACGCUCUCUGCAUCGGAAGUUGGAGCAAACACUGAUACUGCUGACCGAGCAGAAGUUAGGCGACAAAAGCUAUUUUCUGCUGCCACAAGGUUUGCAUGCACCUGGAGAAUCGCUACGACAGACCGCUGAACGAGUUUUGAGGGAUAGCGUCGGCGAUUCACCGAAAGUUGUGUUCUACGGGAAUGCUCCGGUCGGCUUUUACAAGUACAAAUAUCCUUCGGCCGCUGGGAGGGAUACAUUAGGAGCAAAAGUUUUCUUCUUCCGCUGUGUAUUGAAACCUAAAAGCUCAAAUGUUUCCCAGGACAAGAUCAAAUAUCAAUGGCUAGAUCAAUCGGAGCUAGAAAAUGUGUUGAAAGAGCCAUAUUAUCGUAGCGUUUCACAGUUUUUGCUGUAGUUGUAAAAAUACAAAAAAGUAAAGAUGUAUUUUAGAAUUCGUGAA